UGAAUAUCAGCACUACACGAAGACGUAGAUAGCAUGUAAGCAUCUUUCUCACUGCUAACUUCCGCUGUUGUGAUACGGCUCAAUUCUCAUACCAAAUCAGCUUUGAUAGCAAACUUAUCAUGGGUGCUACUAAGAAACCAACAUUCGAAGAAUGGCUUGACUGUAGCGAGCUUGCAUUCGAGUGGGCAAGAAGCUAUGACGAGAAGGAUUGGGAUAGACUUGCAAGAAUGCUUGCACCGACUGUCAGCGUCAACUAUUCUGGGGUGAACAACUCCAAGUCCGACGACAUGCCAGCAGCAAGUUUUGUCGAGAUGAUGCGGGACCCGCUCUUUUUGGGUGACAAGCACAUCGACUCACAACACAUGUUAGCAUUGUCGAAAUGGGAAAAAAUAUCCAAUACGGAGAUCGUCAGUCAGCAUCAAUCCAGAGCCGCACAUAUGAGGUGGAACGAAGGGAGAGAAACGAUUGCCGCCAAAGGCCACGGUCACGGGUUGGUGAAGAUGUUCUACAAGAAGAUAAAUGGAGAGUGGAGAUGGGGCGGAAUCGCGACCAAGGUUGAUUUCAAUGAGCAUGAGUUUGAGAACGUGUUCGUUGGUUCAGCGGGCAAGUACGAUAAGGAUGGUAAAGCGCUUGAAGCAAACAGCGCAGAGAUGACUUUGUAGUUUCAUUAGCUUGACUCUUGAUCUUGCGUUGAGCAUUCUGCGAUCCGAGUCAAGUUGACCUCAUCGGCUUAAUUUAACAAUGAAUCACUUCGGUGUUCGAGAAGGUCGGGCCAUGAUCAAAAAGAUGUGCAAGUUCCUGAGAAAAUCGGCACAUGCUGCCACGUGCAACACGCACGCUCGAUAUCGCUGGGUAAAGGGUAUGCUUUCCAGGUAGGUAUAUGGGUGCACAACAGGAGACCCUACAGUUAUCACGUAGGAAGCAACAUGUAUACUCUUCUCGUCAAAUGACACCUCGGAACUCUCUUAUGACACUCAGAUGACAUUC